AUGAAUCUAAUUGAAGAAGAGGGGGAAGAAGAAGAUGAUCCUAUUGGAGACCAGGAAGGAAGUCGAGAACAAGAUGUUGAAGAACACCACUGCCGUCAACCACCGACUGCUGAGGCUGGGAACCAGAACGAAACUAUUAUCAUCACCAGGGAUUCAGAGAUGAUAAUAAUCUCCCCACCUCCACCACCACCAUCAUUGCCACCAAUAUUAUUACCCCAGGAGAUAAUGGAUGACGAGCUGAACAAAAUAACAGGAGAAUUGUUAGAUGAAGUCAACAAUGAAGAAACGGGAGCAGCUCCUACUACACCUUCGUCUUCUCAUCAUGAGAUGAUAAUAAUAAGAUCUCCGCCACCAAGUUCACCACCAUCCCCACCACCACCAUCAUCAUUGCCACCAAUAUUAUUAUUACCCCUGAAGAUAAUAGAUGACGAACUGAACAAAGUAACAGAAGCCCCAUUAGGUCGAGUUAACAAUAAAGAAAUGGCAGCAGCUCCUACUACACCUUCGUCUUCUGAUCAUGGGAUGAUGUUAGCAUCUCCACUACCACAAGAGCCUCAUCUUCGACCAUCAUCACCGUCACCUCCUCUUGUAGUGUUAUCACCCAAGAUAAUAAUUAGACAACUGAACAAUUCAGGGGACACACCAUCUCGUACUCAGUUUUGA